AAUACGUUUUGGAAAUAAAUAAAAGUCAAACUAAUUGACUUUAUUUGUUUUGUCGUGAAAAAGAAAAUUUUAGUAACUUUACCUUAUCCGAGCUAUCUCCUGCGGAUAUCUGCUGAUAUUGCUGGCUAGAAUCUGCCCACAUCAUCUCGUAGCUUAGCUUGACACUCUCUCUCUCCACAAGUCCCCAUUUUCUCUCUCUGCCUUAACUGAAAAAACCGCCGCCGCCACCGCCACCGUCACAAGCUCCAUGGCCGCCGCAGCUGCCAUAGGCUCCACCUUCUCCUCCUCCAUCAACACCCUCAAGUGUUGCCUCCAGUCCGCUAACUCUCCCUCCUCCUGCCCGCCUCACCAACUGAGGCUCCUCUCACCGUCAUCAUCGAACCCACCCCAUCUGGGCGAGGCUCUGUCGGCUCGCAUCACGCCGCUCAGACGCCACGUUGGCCUGAGGAUAUCGGCUGCCGUAGCCCAAGAGGAGGUGGCCGCCCCUGCCGCUGCCGUGGAAGUGGAAAAGGAGGAGGAGGAGGGAGAGGGAGCUGAGGGUGUGACUGUAAAUACCAAGCUCUACUUUGGGAAUUUGCCUUACAAUGUGGACAGUGCACAGUUGGCCGGUAUAAUUCAGGACUAUGGAAGCCCAGAGCUUGUUGAGGUUCUUUAUGACAGAAACACUGGAAGAAGCAGAGGUUUCGCUUUCGUAACAAUGAGCAGCAUUGAAGAUUGUAAUGCAGUUAUAGAAAACCUCGAUGGAAGUGAAUACAUGGGACGGACGCUGAGGGUGAACUUCUCAGACAAACCUAAACCGAAAGAGCCUUUAUACCCAGAAACUGAUUACAAGCUUUUUGUUGGAAACUUGUCCUGGUCUGUGACUUCUGAAAGUUUGGAAAAAGCUUUUCAAGAAUACGGAAACGUAGUUGGAGCAAGAGUGCUGUACGAUGGCGAGACGGGGAGGUCGCGCGGUUAUGGUUUUGUGUCCUACUCGACAAAAGCGGAGAUGGAAACCGCUCUUGAAUCUCUUAACGGAGUGGAGCUAGAAGGGCGCGCCAUCAGAGUAAGCCUAGCUGAAGGAAAGCGGACAUAAAGCGAAAAUUAAGUCAAAGUUUGGGAACUCGGGAAAACAUGGACGACCUCGGCACAAAGGAAGCAACAAAGUGUAUUUUCUAUGCAUGAUCCUUGUACAAUUUGCACAGCGCUCCGUUGUUUGCUUCUUUGCCAAUAAUUUGUUCUCGCCUUUUCAUUCUGCCUUUCCUUAUGCUCUUGCUUGAAGAUUUCAGUGUACAACAUUGGCCGGUGGCUCCCAUCAUUUUAUUGUGGCUUCAAUAUAUGCAUUACUCGAAUUUUCGGCUUCAAA